AUGAUUCAUGGCCAUCCAAAGGAGGACGAGCAACCAGAGAAUUUUUACAGGAUCCAGCUCAAACAGGCCCAUAAGUUGCGAAAGAUUGGCGAGAUCAAUGCUAUAGGCUACAGACCUAGACCAACACAGGUUUCUUUUGAAGAGGAAGAUAUUAGAAGGGUACAACAACCACAUGAAGACCCAUUAGUGAUCAGCUUGCUAAUAGCCAACUGCUUGGUCAGACGAGUACUAAUCGACCCAGGCAAUAGUGCAAACAUUAUAACAAGGUGGACUUUCAACCAAUUGAAACUAGCCACAGAUCAAAUUUGUCCAACCAGGAACCCUCUGGUAGGGUUUAACAGCAGAAGAGUAGAGCCCAUAGGUGUAAUCACACUAUCAGUCACUGCAGCCAAAAGAUCCUUGAAGGAGAAUUUUGUGGUGGUGAAUAUUCAUCCAACAUAUAAUUUGUUAAUGGGCCGAGGAUGGAUCCACCGCAUGGAAUGA